GGCUCUCCUUUGCAACGGCUCAAUUUGAAGUUCGAAUUUCGAAAAAGGCGUUUCAAGAUUUCCAGUAGAAAGCGCUUACAGGGGAGGCCAAUAUAACAACCAUUUUUCACUACACAUUUUUUAACUCUUUGAAAUCAAAUCUACGCUACAAUUUUUCACUGCGCUUCAAUUUUUCACUGCGCUACAAUCUAUGGCUUCUCCCUUCAGAACGUGUUCGCCUUCUGCAGCAAACAGGCCCAACAAGGCAAAUUCCAACAACGGCCUCAGAAAGAGCUUCAAUGUCAAUGUUCUUCCCAAGGCAACUGCUUCCAGAAAUGGUAACCAGGCCCCCAGCUUUACUCCAGCCAACAGCCCAGCAGAUUACCCUCAAAGGACCUCCCCAUUCAAAGAUUUCAACGCCCCUGCAUGGCAAUCUGAAGAAAUUGGACUUGAAAAUGUCCGCCAAUGCCCUCCUAAAUCUGCAUCAGCAAAGUCCCCUGCACCCAAAGGUAUGAAGAAUUUCAUGUCUCCGACGUUUUCUGCAGCUUCCAAGGCCGCCUCUUCAAAAAAGAGGAUCCUUGUUGAAAGAAAUGAAUCCACUGGACUCUCGCAAAUCCCAGCCAAGGAGCCCUCUGAUUUUGCCAACCCCCAUAUCAUGAAUCUCCCUGCCUCCCGUGAACCUAUGAUGGAAGAUACCUAUAUGAAAGAAAAUGAGGAAGCUCCAAGGGAUAUUAUGGAGGUGGGCUUUGUUAGAUCUGUAACACUGCCGGAGAACCAGACCAAGAAAGAUGUCCGUAGGGUUCUUUAUCAGGUUCCUGUAAGUAGUACAGAUAAUGAUUCUUUAUCUUUUCUGUCCCAGUUCCCUGAUCCCGGAGAAGAGCGUACUACUCAUCUUCCUCCCUAUGACCCCAAAAGGAAUUAUCUUUCCCCACGACCUGAUUUCCUUAGGUAUCGUCCCAAUAGGGGCCUGGACAUUGAUAUCAUGGAAGAUGAGGGCUUUGGAAAACGUGAAUUCUUCAAUUAUGAAACUCCUGAAACUGGUGUUGCUGAGACUAAGGAGAUUGAAUCCUUGGGUAAACGAAUGGAUGCUGUUGGCAUAUCUUCUGAAGAUUUAGAUCACAGAGAAACCCAUAAGGAAUCGCAAGUAAAAUUGGUAUCAGUUAGAAAUUCUGAGCAAAACGAAUCUGAAACUCCUCCUGAGAGCGGGGUUACGGAGACUAAAUCUUCUGAAGGUUUAGAUCACAGGGAAAUCCAGAAGGAAUUACAAGUAAAAUUGGUAUCAGUUGGAAAUUCUGAUUACAACAAAUCUGAAAUUCCUCCUGAAAGCGGGGUAACUGAGACUAAGGAGAAUGAAUCCCUGGCUGAACGAAUGGAUACCAGUAGCAUAUCUUCUGAAGAUUUAGAUCAUGCAGAAACCCAUGAGGAUUUACAAGUAAAACUGGCAUCAGUUGGAAAUCCUGAGCAAAACCCUUGGAACCAUGGUUUAGAGUUUGACUCAAAAAAGAAUGCUACGGUAGAAGUGGAGGAAAAAGAAGAUGACUCUGAUGACGAGGACGAGGAAGAAGAAAAACAGGGUUCUCGGUGGUUGAGAACUUUUUUGUUAUUUGGAUUUGUUUUGCUCGUUUCUUCAGUUGCUCUCUUGAGCUCAGGCAGUCCUGGUCUCUUGCCGCCUUCUUUGCAUAACAAUGUAUUGGCUAGAGGUGAGUUUUACGAUUCUGCUGCUGAUAUUGUUAAAAAUUUAGUUGUGGUUUGGAGAGGGGAUUCUGUCAAAAGUGCUGGUUAUUCUGUUUUGGGAUAUUCAAGGAUGAAGUAUGGAGUUAUUGAAAAAACUGUGAAAAGCUGGUUUGAUUCCUCUUCCAACAAGCUAGGGAUGAGAACACAGUCUUCCAUGGAAGAUGGCCUGCAGAUCUCGUUUGAGGAUAGCUGCACUGGAGACGUAGAAGAAAGCGGUAGAAGUUUGCAUAUGGGGAUCGACGAAGAGGAUGACAUCAACAGUGUCGAUUCUGUUGGCAGGGAGGACCUUAAAGAAAAGCAGAGCAGCACAAAGGCUGUUUUGGAGGCAUUAGAUGCCAUACUUGUCAAAGAUGUUUCUCAAAUCCCAUCGGUUGAUGCUAGUAUACAGCAAAAUGGUCAAGUAAAUACCGAUGAUGAUGUUCUCCACAAGAAUCCUGAUCUACCCCUUCCUUCUGAUUUACUAGAUGAGGACAGUGUGGAAGAAGUACAUGGAAGUGGAGAUUAUGUGGUUUCCUCUCCAUCAAGUUUAGAAGCCCGUGCCUAUCCGGAAGAACCCUUUUCUUUCUAUCCUGACAUACAGGAAGCAAAGCAUGCAGUUGGGGGAAUCGAAGACUCUUGGUCCGAGGUUCAAUCUGAAGAGGCACAAAAUGUCGUUGGGCAUGCUUCUAAAGAACAUGGUAUUCCUGAAGUUCCUGAAAUUAUUCAAAUUUCUGAACCAGUGGAGAUUUUGUCACUAAAUAUUGUUGAAGAUUUGCAAAUCAGUGGAGAUGAUGUAUUGAAUAAGCAGAGCAGGCCAUCCAUGGUUCCGUCUGAUGAACACCAAACACAUCAUGCUUCUCAACUUGAGAAAAUUGACAAGUCCUUUGCAGAGGACAUUGAAUCCAAAAAGAGCAAUGAACCCAAAGAAUCUUCUCUAACUGCUGCAGAGGACUCAAAAGGCUCUGAAGUGCAGACUUCUGAAAUCCCUAGAAGAAACCCAAGAGGACUUCUACCCACUGGAACAAGAGCUGUUCUGUCAAUUCUAGUAGCCUCUGUAAUAGCUGCUACAUACUUAGUUUAUGCGUCUAGGAAGAGAAGUAAAAUCCCGCGUGAAGUUGUAGCAGACAAGCCUACUGUGGAAUUUUUUGCAAAGAAAGAGUCAGAAAAAGAGAUUCGUCCAACCCUAGAGCGUAUGGAAAGGACAUAUUCGCCAGUGCAUUUUCCUUCUUCAAGGAAUUAUCCUCAUGUACAACUUCUUGCGGAAUAUCAUCCUGAGGAGGUGAGCAGUUCAGAUAAGAGCAUGAGUAGAAUAAAUACACCGGAGAAAUCUGUUCAGAUGUAUGAAAGGAGAUUCAGAAAGGGAAAUAUCUUUUCCUCUGAUACUCAACAAGACAGUGCAGUUACCUCAGAGAUUUCCCCCGACUCACUUUCUUAUGGGAGCUUCACGACUUAUGAGAAGAUUGCACGGAAAGAGGGUGGCGGAGUUAGGGAUCCAAAGGUGAUAACUCCAGUGAGAAGAUCCAGUAGGAUUCGCAAGCAAGCAACAUCCCCGUAGAUGAAAAAUGAAGAUGGUUAUGAUACCCCAUCGAACAUUUAUUCAUUGUUCAGGGGUGAUAUUCAGUUUUACUAGGAUAAGCUGCAUUCCUAUUUGGGAUGGAGUGAUUGUCCCAUGUCAUUUUUACUUGUAUAGAUUCUAUAUUGUGGAGUGUGUGUAUUUUGCUUACAGCUGCUUACAGCAUUCAUUUAUGUGGUGUAUACAUUGACUUUCAUUGACUUUAGUUUGGCAUAAACAAAAAGGUCUUAUUUAAUGGAAAUUUUAAUCGUUAUUUCAUUGA